AUGACCAAGGUCUUUGAGACUAACUGUAAGGGAGGAGGGGGAGAGUCCGGGGUUGAGAAGUCAAAGGCCCAUCAGGCCCACGUCCAGGUCAGCGCCAAGGUGUCUUCCAAGGACUCGGAGAUGAAAACAGCAGAGGACCCCACCACGAAUCUCAGGCAGACCCUGGAGUGGCUGAGAAAGGAACUGUCUGAGAUGCAGGUCCAAGACCAGAGACUUCUGCUCACACUGAGGCAUCUCCACAGUGUCCUGGAGGAGCUGCGUGCUGAGAGUGCCCACUGGGAGGAUGCCAGGUCCAGCGGAGGGCCCUCCCCUAUCAGAGCUCGAGCAGGCUCCGAAGGCAGGAGCCACCAGCCUCUCUCCUUGAGGCGGCUGGCCCAGCUCCACCGAGAAGACAGCAGACGCAGCUCUCUCCCUUAA